GCCCGAGACUGACCAUGGAGAAGCCCUGGGUGCUCUGGAGCGCGCUGGAGCGCUGGCUGCGGGCCGCGGCCUCCUGGGCGUGGGCCCUCUGCCGCAUCUCCCUCCUGCCCCUGAUCGUGACCUUCCACCUGCACGGGGGCGCGCUGGCGCUCCUGCUGGUGCUCCUGUCCAUCGCGGGCACGCUGUACAAGUUCCAGGACGUGCUGCUCUACUUCCCGGAGCAGCCGCCGUCCUCGCGCCUCUACGUGCCCAUGCCCACCGGCAUCCCCCACGAGAACGUGUUCAUCAGAACCAAGGACGGCGUGCGCCUCAACCUCGUGUUGCUGAGAUACACGGGCGAAAGCUCGCCCUACUCCCCGACCGUCAUUUACUUCCACGGGAACGCGGGCAACAUCGGGCACCGGCUGCCCAACGCGCUGCUCAUGCUGGUGAACCUCAAGGCCAACCUGCUGCUGGUGGACUACCGCGGCUACGGGAAGAGCGAGGGCGAGGCGAGCGAGGAGGGCCUCUACCGGGACUCGGAGGCCGUGCUGGACUACGUGAUGGGCCGGCCGGACCUCGACAAGACCCAGAUCUUCCUCUUCGGCCGCUCCCUGGGCGGCGCGGUGGCCAUCCACCUGGCCUCGGGGAACGCGCACCGCGUCUCGGCCAUCAUGGUGGAGAACACGUUCCUGAGCAUCCCGCACAUGGCCGGCACGCUCUUCUCCUUCCUGCCGGUGCGCUACCUGCCCCUGUGGUGCUACAAGAACAAGUUCCUGUCCUACAGGAAGAUCUCCCAGUGCAGGAUGCCAUCUCUGUUCGUGUCCGGCCUCUCCGACCAGCUCAUCCCGCCGGUGAUGAUGAAGCAGCUGUACGAGCUCUCCCCGUCCCGGACUAAGAGGUUGGCCAUCUUCCCCGACGGGACUCACAACGACACGUGGCAGUGCCAGGGCUACUUCGCCGCCCUGGAGCAGUUCAUGAGAGAGGUCGUGAAGAGCCACUCUCCCGAGGAGAUGGCCAAGGCCUCGUCCAACGUGACCAUCAUCUGACGCGGCCUGCGGGCGCUGUCCCCGCCCCCUCGGCCGCCGGCCCGCGCUCGCUGGGGACUGGCCCGC